AUGUCCCAGCUCUCCGCUAAAACCCUCUCCCUAGCCUGUUUCCUCAUCAGUUUGGUAUCCCGUGCUGACGACGACGACUUCUCCAUCGUCGAAAACCACAUCCUCAUUGAAAAAACCGUUGCUGCACUCAAAGGUCGCCUCGGUCUGGAAUUAGUCGAAGUCGGAAAUUCUUAUUCCGGCCAUGUUGCUCGAGGAGAGGUACUCCACGGUAUGAUUGAGGAUGUCAUCAAGGGGCGGUAUCCUAACCAUCAUGUUAUUACUCUAUUGCAAGAGAGGGGGUUUGAUGUCGAAGCGGAGAUGUAUGCUGAGAUUGAGGGGUUGCAGGAGUUUUUGUAG